AAAUAUUAGAGGAACGCAUUACUAAAACCAAUCCGAAUCAUUUAGCGAUUGAGUUAUCUACUCGUAUGGAAAACGUCAAUAAUAAAACUAGUUUAAAAGAGAUCUUUUUAGUCAGUUUCAGAUUGAUUCUGAACAUUUGUUGAAUAUAUUUAUCAAUUCAGAGUUUUUCAGUUAUCUCCAGUGUGACAUAAUUCUCGAAAAUGUCGGAAAGAAAAGUCUUAAACAAAUACUACCCUCCUGAUUUUGAUCCCUCCAAUAUUCCAAAGAUGAAGACGCAGAAAAAUCGCCCCUUCAACAUCCGAAUUAUGGCGCCCAUGAACAUGAGGUGUGACAACUGUGGGGAGUACAUUUACAAAGGAAAGAAAUUUAAUUCGCGUAAAGAAGACGUGGAGGAUGAGUAUUAUCUGGGGCUGCGGAUCUUUCGAUUCUACAUCAAGUGUCCUCGCUGUGUGUCGGAGAUAGCGUUCAAAACAGACCUGGAGAACACUGACUAUACACUUGAGGCUGGUGCCACACGUCUCUUUGAGGCGGAGAAAUUAGCACGACAAAUGGCGGAGAAAGAGAUCAAAGAGAAAGAGGACGAGGAACUCAACAACCCAAUGAAGGUGCUAGAGAACAGAACUAAAGCAAGUCGUAAGGAGAUUGAAGAAAUCGACACACUGGAGGAAUUGCGGGACAUGAAUGCACGCCAUGCAAAAGUCAACCAUGAAGACAUGCUGAAAUUUCAUGCUGAGUACGAAAAACAGCUACAAAGGCUGCAGGAAGAAGAAGAGGAGAAAGAAAUUAAGUCUCUAUUUGGUGAGGUUAAUGGUCAAAGUAUCAAACGACUUCAUGAUGAGGGAGAUCAAAGACCGACCAAAAAGGGGCCUGGCAGUGGUGCACGACCCACAGAUAAGGGGCCUGGCAGUAGUGCACGACCCACAGAUAAGGGGCCUGGCAGUGGAGCUGGUGGUGCACAGCCGACAGAUAUUCUGUUGUCAGAUGAUACAGGAACCAGUAAACAGGGAACCAGUAAGCCAGCAGUGUGGGAGAGGAGCAUUGGCAGGGUGAGCAGUAAACAAUCACUAAUGAAACUCGUCAAAACUAACGGGAAAAAGGGAAACACAUCCAUCACAGGAAAGUCAGAAACAAGCAAUAAGGGGGAUAACUCUGCUGGGCAGAAACAAGAAAAUGGCCCUGUUCAUCUGAAUGGGGCAUCUGAGUGUGGUCAGAAGCUCAGGACAGAGAUGGACAGUAAACUAGGGACAGCUGCCACUCCUCCCAAGGAUCACCCUCCCACAGCGAAAUUAGGCCCUGUCCAGCCUGAGAGUUCUUCAGCACUGAGCAUGCUGGGUAAUUAUUCUGAGAGUGAGGAAAGCGACACCUAGUGGCAGCAGAUUAUGAUAAGUUUUUCUGAUCUUUGUAUAACUUUGAAGAUUGGAUUUGGUUGCUUUUAUGUCAGGGACGUAAAAUACUGACCACUAAGUGAAGUGUAUUUCCGAUAUCUCAAUACUGACUGUUAGGAGAACUUCGAUGUUAAAUCACACUUAACUAUUCAGGUCAGAGAUCAAUGUCUGUGAAGUUAUAACGACAAAUUAAAACUGGCGCUGAUUUCCAUUCAUGAAAUCAACGAAAUAUACUGCAUCUACCAGGAAACCGUUGAUCAUGAAUUCGAUUUUAUUACAAUGCUUAUGAAUUCGAUUUUAUUACAAUGCUUAUGAAUUAACAUGUCAACACACAAUAUUAGACGACAUUCAGGGGUGAUGAUGUCACGACAAAGUUUCUGACAUAUUUUAUGCUGCUUUUUGAGGCUCUGUUCUUGGUGCCUUUUGUAAGUGAAUAGAUUUAUGUAUACUUGUAUUGUAGUAAACCAAUUAAACUGGUCCCCAGACAUACCUGAAUGUCCUCAGACAUACUUUGUCAUGUUUCUGAAUAGUUAGACCAGGAUUCAAUGAAGCUGGUCCCCAGGCAUUUAUUUGAUGAAUUACUGCAGUCUUGUAUUUUCAUUUAUAGAAUUCAUGAACUCGUUCAUCUAUAUUAUUGUGUUAGUGUUUUCUAUGUAAUGAUAUGCUAAAAACUGUUAGAAUGAUGAUUACUAUUGGUUCCGAACCAUAUUGAUAACAUUGAUGAUUCACGACUUUUUUACUUAUUGAGAACGUUAGUUAACAUUGUCUAUAGAGAUCUUUGCAUUUCUGAUAUCAUAAAAUCCUGUACAUCAAAAAUUGUCCCUUACAAAUGAAAUAUUUUAGAAAAUGUUGAAUUUUCUUUUUAGGGUGGGGGAGGAUGGGAAGUUGUUGUGUCAUAGGAGUAUAAAUAAACACAAUUUCUUACCUA